AUGGUGUCAACAGGUGCAACUGCGGCUGUGUUCCGCACCACGAUGCGGGUCAUCUUUGGGAACAGAGGGGAUUCUAAUGGCCCCUUAACAACAAUGUCUACUUCAUCUCAAACUACAACGCCAAGUGCAACUGCAAAUCGCCUAAUGUCAAGUUUGCAACCAACCUCUCAGCUGGGGAAAACAACAAAUUUUGAAGCCAAUAAUACCACAUCUGUUAACCAACACAAUCGGUAUAUACAUCUGAGAAACUACAGCAGUCGACUCUAUACUCGAGAUGGAGGAGAAGGAGAAGAAGAAGGGACUGGUACUUUGGCAAGACAAGUAACAGUCGAUUUCCCAGAUAGCUAUACGAGAAACAUAAUAAUCAGCCAUAAUUUGCUUGACAUUACGGGCCCAGCAAAUACAAUCUCAGAUGAUCAUGGCUCAUCAACCCGGACUAACCAAUGGCAAUUAGUAUUAAAUCCGAAAUGGACGGAAUACGUUCUUGUCUAUUGCAGAUUGGAAUAUGGCUUAUCGGUGUUAACUCAGCUUCUAGAAGAAUUGAAACCCUACAUUGAAUACUACCAAGUCCUAAACUCGAACCAAGGCAUUCUUGUGCAUUUAAAAGGCAAAAACUUACAAUACCGACUUUUACAACUAUCUAGCCAAGUAAUUGGAUUCCAGUUUGUUAUCUCCUCUCCCUCCUGGUUUUACACUGUUACCAACUAUGACAUUAUAAAUCUAUCACGAGAAUAUAAUCUCCAGGUGAUUAAAUAUAAAAAGAUACAGCUGACCAAGCAUCAAAUGCAAGUCAUUCUGUUGUAUGGGAUCCCACUGUUUGUACCUAAAGAGCUAUUAAUCGAUGAAUUUCGCCAAUUGGGUAAGUUGGUAUCGUUCAAGUUCGCUCCUACUGGGCCCCUGACUAGAUUCCAUGUGGUUCAACUACAAUAUUCUAAACUGGAUCACAAGACGCAAAUUUCGGAGAACAUCAGGAAGAUUGUCGGCAGUAUGAAGUGCAAAAUUGUUUUCAGGCUUAAGGUGACCAAGCCCAAGCCAACCUCAUGA